UUUAAAGCAAUACUUUUUCAAUGAAUUUUUUUUACUGAUAUAUUUAUAGUAAAAUUUCAAUUUUUAUUUCAGGUAUUUGGUUUAAUAAACACGGGCCUUUACGUGACCAGUUUUAUGUAUUCCUACAUAAUGUUUAAAGGCACAUAAGUCUUAAUAUAUUUGUUCUAAUUAUAUAUAUUCGUUAUUAUGCAAUCUUUGUUAGUGUCGUCGUCAUAUAAUUUAUAUUCCUAUUUUAUGUUGUGUUUUUAUAAAAUUUCUAUAUUUUAUUCGUUUUGUAUUAUAAAGUUAAUAAAAUUAUUCCAUGAUAGUUUACUGGCAAAAUACCUUUUUAAUGCACCAUAAACUCUCAAUGCUGCUUCAAUGCAAAAAGUGUGUACAUACCGGAAAGGAGUCAUCUGUAUGGCACGUCACCAAAUCACGUGAGAGUGAUGGGGAAAAAAUAUCCUGGGACCGAUUUUUUUAGUUUUAGAGACAAGAGUUUCGAACGAGAGAAUCAGUAGGGUUGAGGAAGAGCGAAGAUGCCAACAGUUGUAGUAACUCGACCACAAACGCAAGUUCCUCAAAGUGGAUGCUGUUCCUGCUUACAUACAGCAUUCCUAUCGGAACGGGUUGGAGUUUGCAAGCUUGCAGAAGUUUUGUUUGGAGGAAUAUGCUUGGGACUUGUAUUUACUUAUGGUACUCCAAUAUGGCUUCUGCUUGGACCUUCUUACGCUUUAUUUAUUACUAGUUCGGCAGCUGCCGUAAUCGGAGCAACUGUGGCUCUUUUCUCUUACCUCAUCUCUGCCCAUACUUACAGAACCGUUCGAAGCACAGUUUAUGAAAUCGUUCAAAAUGUAGUAGCUUCUAUAUUAUACAUAUCUGCUUCUGUCUUCCUGUUGAUUCAGACUUCUGUAUUUCUAUGGCCUAUGUAUCUCAUCAUCCCAUAUUUUCAAGCUUAUCCAGCUCUGAUGACUGCGGGGGUUUUCGGAAUUGCCAGUUGCUUGAUACAUAUCUACGAUGCUUACCACGCUUACAAGAGCUUUAAACAAUAAAUAUUGAUGUUUAUUUAAAAAUUUGAGUGCAAUCAUAAGUGUUUCGAAGUAAUUUAUAUCAUUCCAGUUAAUGUUUUUUUUAUUAUUAUAAAUUAUUUAUAAUUUGAAUUGAUCAUUUAUAUAGUCUAUUCCAAAUGUUUGAAGCAUUUAGUAAAAUGGAAAUUUAAUUUGUGUUCUAAUUUUAUGCUUUUGUUAACAUUUGAAAAAAUAU